AAAGCCCUUUCUUUCCAUUCAUCUUUCCUCAUUUCUCUUCUGAUCCUUCCUCUAUAUCUCUUUCCUAAUAAAUUUCAGAGCCAAUAAAAAGCUUUAGCAACAAAGCUGAGGCUAAGACAGAGCCAGUUAGUUAACUGCUUUUCUUUCCCCUGCCCCCUGCUUUCAUUUCCAAGAUAUGAAAGUGUCCUUGACUUCUAAUGAAAACGUGAACUCCAAGGCAACUAAUUGUGGGGGUACUAAUAGUAAUCUUAGUAUCCAGCCCUCCGCCACCUCCCCUGCUUUUCCGGCCACCAACGCCAUCAGCUACGAACCCAAAUCCGUCCUCGAGCGCCGCCGCAGUCCCAGCCCCAUCCUGCCGGAAAACAUCCGCCCACCUCUGGAUAGCGACGACCCUCUCCAGCUGGCUGACCAUGUGUUGACUAACUUUGAAGACUGGGAUUCUUUCAUGAAGGACUUAGGCCUUAAGGGCGGAGAAGAUGUAAUAGCAACAGCCAAACAAGCCCCUAAUAAUAGCAACAACUAUACUUCUGAGUCGACUCAGUUUCUUGAGUUCCCACUCGCUCAACACUCUCUUGAAUCGGCCGAUCAGAGUCACCAACAUCAAUUCAGCUUCUCCGAUGACACGAUCGCAGCCAUGGCGGCGGCGCAGUACCCUCAACCGCCGGCUGUGAUGACUCAGCAGCAACAGGGAGGUGGGAACGGUAUUAAUGACGAUUUUCAGCAGCAAAAUAACUGGAACUUAACGGCGUCUGAUUACGUGUACGAGCUGAUCCGGUUCGCCGAGUGUUUCGAAACGAACGCCACCCAGCUGGCUCAAGUGAUAUUGGCGCGGCUCAAUCAUAAGCUGAGAUCUCCUUCGGGAAAGCCACUCGAAAGAGCUGCCUUCUACUUCAAGGAAUCUCUCCAGUCUCUACUCACCUGGUCAACUCGGAUGGCCAGACCCGCCUCCUCCUCGUCGGCGAUAAUCCAAACCAUCAAAGCCUACAAUAUCUUCUCUAGCAUCUCUCCAAUCCCCAUGUUCUCCAGCUUCACGGCUAACCAAGCCAUCCUAGAAGCCGUGGUCGGCUCCCCGCUCGUCCACGUCAUCGACUUUGAUAUCGGGCUUGGAGGACACUGGGCUUCCUUCAUAAAAGAGCUAGCCGAGUCCUCCUCCUGCGCCAAGCCGCUGGCUCUCCGUAUAACGGCUCUGGUUCCCGAUGAAUACGCGGUCGAGUCGAGGCUCAUCAGAGAGAACUUGACUCAGUUCGCUCGCGAUCUCAACAUGGCGGCUUUCGAUUUCGAUUUUGUGUUGAUAAGCACGUUUGAGCUCCUGUCUUUCAAAGCAAUCAAGUUUAUGGAUGGAGAAAAGACUGCGGUCAUUUUGUCUCCGUCCAUAUUCAGGAAGAUCGGAACGGGAUUCGUCACCGAUCUCCGUCAUAUUUCGCCACGUGUGGUGGUGCACGUGGACACCGAAGGGCUCACGGGAUUCGGCCAGUCUCCUUUUCGACAAAAGGUGAUGGAAGGUCUGGAUUUUUACUCGACGCUAAUGGACUCCCUCGAAGCAGCGGCAAAUGUUCGCGGCGGCGGCGGAGACUGGUUGAAGAAGAUCGAGACUUACGUGCUGUAUCCGAGAAUAAUGGAAAUGGUAGGGGCGGCAGGCCGCCGAGGGACUCCGUGGCGAGAAGCUUUUCUAGCGGCGGGUUUCAGGCCGGUUGUUUUCAGUCAGUUUGCGGACUUCCAAGCUAACUGCUUACUGGGAAGGGUAGAGGCGAGAGGGUUCCUGGUGGCGAAGAGAGAGGCCGAAAUGCUGCUUUGCUGGCAUGACAGGGCUUUUGUCGCCACAUCAGCGUGGAGGUGAAUAAACCGACUUCUUAGAGCAUCUCCAAUGUCAUAUCGUGCACGGUGCACAUGUGGCAUGAAAAUAACCAUGUAGAAAAGAUAACCACAUAAAUAUUAGAAAAUAUAUUAUCUCUCUCCUUAUUUGAAUGAUUUUAUACAAUUUUGGUAAGUUUUCCCCUGCAAUGUCAACUGCAAUGUCAACAUGUAGACGGUCUUCUUGACAUUGUGGAGAAAAACUUACCAAAACUGCAUAAAACCAUUCAAAUAAGGAGAUAAAGAAUUUAUUUACUAAUAUUUAUGUGGCUAUCUCUCAUGCCACAUGUGCACCGUGCACAUUGUAGCAUUGGAGAUGCUCUUAUCGUCGUGUAUAGUUUAUGGAAGGAGGGGUCGCCGCCUACAACAAUAAUGAUCCGAAUUGAUUUGCUAUAAUUUUUUGAAAACAAUCUCGGCCAUUCAUGUAGUUAUUCUAAACUUCCACCGUCCUCAAUUGGAUUUUUUUUAUCUAGUAACUGCAAAAUUUUGACACUUUCUUUUUAAAAUAAUAAGUACUACGUAUACGAUUAAUGUUAAUUUUUUUACAUUAAUUAUGUAAUUUCUAGUUUAUGAUUUUAUGUGACAAUCAAAAUGAGAAAGGGAGAACAUAUUAUAGACUAUAGCCUUAGAUAUACUAUGGAAUAUAGUAUAUGAUCAUUAUCUAUUUGGCUUUUAAUUAUGUAAGCGCUUUCUAUUUCGUGUGAUCUCAAAUUAUAGUUUGUUUCACUUUCUAUAUCUGUAACACCCUUCUCAUCCGGUCUGACUGGUUCGAGACAAAUGUCACUUAUCAUUUAUCCUUUAAUAAAACUUUCUUAUAAAAUCACGAUUUUGU